CAGGAGAUGAACAGAGCUGCCAGCACCUACCCCAUGGCCUCGCUGUACGUGGGGGACCUGCACCCCGAUGUCACCGAGGCCAUGCUCUACGAGAAGUUCAGCCCCGCCGGGCCCGUCCUCUCCAUUCGGGUCUGCAGGGACAUGAUCACCCGCCGCUCCCUGGGCUAUGCCUACGUCAACUUCCAGCAGCCAGCAGAUGCUGAGCGUGCUCUAGAUACCAUGAAUUUUGAUGUGAUCAAAGGAAAACCCAUUCGCAUCAUGUGGUCUCAGAGGGACCCCUCCUUGAGGAAGUCAGGAGUUGGGAAUGUCUUCAUUAAGAACCUGGACAAAUCCAUUGAUAACAAGGCACUUUAUGACACAUUCUCAGCGUUUGGGAAUAUUUUGUCCUGCAAGGUGGUGUGCGAUGAGAAUGGCUCUAAGGGCUACGCUUUUGUGCACUUUGAGACCCAGGAGGCAGCUGAUAGGGCCAUCGAGAAGAUGAACGGCAUGCUGCUCAACGACCGCAAAGUGUUUGUUGGGAGAUUCAAGUCUCGUAAGGAGCGGGAGGCUGAGCUGGGAGCCAAGGCAAAGGAGUUCACCAAUGUUUAUAUUAAAAACUUUGGGGAUGACAUGGAUGAUGAAAGGCUAAAGGAGCUCUUCAGCAAAUAUGGUAAAACUCUGAGUGUGAAAGUGAUGACAGACCCCACUGGAAAAUCCAAAGGCUUUGGCUUUGUAAGCUUUGAAAAGCAUGAAGAUGCUAACAAGGCAGUAGAAGAAAUGAAUGGGAAGGAUAUCAAUGGGAAGCUGGUGUUUGUUGGUCGAGCACAGAAGAAGGUGGAGCGCCAGGCUGAGCUGAAAAGGAAGUUUGAGCAGCUGAAACAAGAGAGGCUCAGCCGAUACCAGGGUGUUAACCUGUACAUUAAAAACCUAGAUGACACUAUAGAUGAUGAAAAACUGAGGAAGGAGUUCUCACCUUUUGGGUCAAUAACGAGCGCCAAGGUGAUGCUGGAAGAUGGCCGGAGCAAAGGGUUUGGCUUUGUCUGCUUUUCCUCUCCAGAGGAAGCUACGAAAGCAGUGACAGAGAUGAACGGGCGGAUCGUGGGCUCCAAGCCCUUGUACGUGGCCCUGGCCCAGAGGAAGGAGGAGAGAAAAGCCCAUCUCACCAACCAGUACAUGCAGCGCAUCGCUGGGAUGAGAGCCCUGCCAGCCAACACCAUCAUUAAUCAGUUCCAGCCUGCUGCUGGGGGGUAUUUCAUGCCUGCUGUGCCCCAGGCUCAGAGCAGACCCACUUACUAUGCACCAAACCAAAUGACACAGAUGAGACCCAACCCACGCUGGCAGCAGGGGGGAAGACCUCAAGGAUUCCAGGGGAUGCCAAAUGCCAUGCGCCAGUCGGGGCCGCGGCCGGCGCUGCGCCAUCUGGCCCCUGCCAGCAGUGCCCCGGCCUCUCGUGGCCUCCCUGCUGCUGUCCAGCGAGUGGGUGUUGGUUCUGCAGCACAGGCUUUGGCUCCACGUCCGCCCGUGGCUGCCCCCACGCCCCGAGCGGUUCCUCCCUACAAAUACGCCUCCAGUGUCCGUAGCCCCCACCCUGCUGUGCAGCCCCUGCAGGCACCUCAGCCUGCAGUACAUGUGCAGGGACAGGAGCCACUCACAGCUUCCAUGCUGGCUGCUGCCCCUCCCCAGGAGCAGAAACAGAUGCUGGGAGAACGUUUGUUCCCUCUGAUUCAAGCUAUGCACCCCAGCCUUGCAGGGAAGAUCACAGGAAUGCUGCUGGAGAUUGACAACUCUGAGCUGCUGCACAUGCUGGAAUCUCCUGAGUCCCUCCGCUCCAAGGUGGAGGAGGCCGUGGCAGUAUUGCAGGCUCACCAAGCCAAGAAAGAAGCUGCCCAGAAGGUGGGUGUGGUUGCUGCUACCUCUUAA